CGAAACGUUGCCAGCCGAAAAGUCAGCGGGCCGCGGACACACAAAACAUCAAGACCAGCAACUCGCAACAUUGGCAACACAGCAGCAACAUUGGAAAUACAACAGCAACAUUAGUUUCCCCGAAAGUUUCAAACCAGGUUUCCGCUGUAUUCGAUUUGAUAUGAUAUCAAAGCUUCGAUUUCAAGUGAUUUUUUUGUGAUCAAUGUGCGAUCGGCGGUUCGGGAAUCUCCAACUCCAGUCGAAGAAUGCCGCGUUAAUUGAGCUGUACGUACAGCUGUAGUACAAAUUUGCAUAACCAGUGAGGAGGCAUAAACAAAUCUGGCCGCGGAGCGUCUUGGUUCACUGAUUUAAUGCCACAAACAGAUUGCAGAUUGUAGCCCGCAGCCGCGCCCCUCUGCAACUUGCAACUUCUUCUUCAGCUGGCUGCAACUUGUGCAGCAGCAAGCGACUAGCGACCACCGACCAGCGACCACCUUCACCUCCACCUCGAACUCCUUGCUGCAUCUUGGUCAACCUGCUUGGAAGCUUGUUUCUGCGGAAGAGCUGCCGCCGGAGCGCCAGACCCGGCAAAAAAAGCAACAAAAAAAAAACAAAGUUAAAAAAAACGUAAGGAAAAACACAUACAGAACAACACGGCCGUUGUCGUCGUCUUUGGAAUUUUCUUUAAAAACAACGCGCUAAGAUUUACAACGCGGACCCAGGCAAAAAGUGUAAAAGGCAAGCAAAUGCAGCCGCGGAAUAAAAAAAUUAGCGCAUAGUGAAGUGUGUGUGUCCGUGUGAGUGUGUAGUAAAUACCUAUGUGUGUGUAUUAGCCAAGUGAAAAAAUAUAUAAAAAAAUAAAGCUAACCAACUAAGAGAAAAAGUUUGAAAAGUGUCAAGCGAGCGGCUCGGUGGCGGCCAAUAACCCAACGACUGGCAUGCAAUUGCGGCCAGGCGACCCCGACGGGUUAAUUACCGUUAUCCUUGCAACACAACAACAACAACAGCAGCCACUAAACGGUACUCAAGUUGUGGAUUACGUCUACGCCGCGUUGUCGCCGUGUGAAAGGACAACAGCAACACACUUGCAACAUCUGCAGCAUCUACAACAUUGGCCAUAAAAACCGCAUUGAACACAAAGUCAAGUGAACAUUCCAAUUGGCAACGUAACGGGCUAAUUGGCACCGACAACCGACAAAUCAAAACGAGUUCAGCCAGCAAGAACAAGAAAAAGAAAAAGAACGGCGCCCGGAGAAAAUCCCAAUCCCUUCACCAUGCGCCAAACGGAGGACUAACAGACAACGGCGAUAACUGGCAAUAAGCGAGGAGCGUCAAAGGAUUGCAGCAGGCCCCGUCUACCCUCCACCUUCUGGAAAGCUCCCCCCAGUCCUUCGGAAAACUCAAGGAAAAUGCCAUCCGUAGCGAACAACAACUACAGCAACGAUGCGCGUCUCAGUUACGUUGUAAAUCAAGUUGCAUCCGUAUCUGUAUCUGCAUCCGUAUCCGCGUCCGCGUCCGCAUCCGCACCCCUCUUGCCCUCCGCAUCCGCAUUUCCCACUUUCAGUCCGCCGCGGAUUGCCAGUUUGGUGGCCAGCAGCUCCGCGGAGGACCUGAGCAGCUUCGGGGAUGUGACAUUCGACAUUUUCGAUGACGAUGACGACUUGUUCGGCUCGCCAAUGGCCUUCGAUGCCAGCGAACAGGGCCUGUGGAACGGUCGCUUCGUGCCGCCCCCGCCCCGCCCGCCCUUCUUCGUCGACGAGCCGGUGCUGAGCGACGGCCUGACCACGUGUGAUCUGUGCUCCUGGGCGAUGCCCACCAAGAGCACCUUCAUGUUCGAGGGCACGAUAGAAAAGGCCACAGAACUGGGAUGGCCACUGACGCUGAUCAUCGUGUCCGUGUUGUCGGCGCUGCUAGGCGCCAUCAUCAUGAUUGCCGUGGUGCGCUGCCGGCGCAAAAAGUCCUCCAACAAUCGCAACGACACGCACGUGCAGUGGUGGUCCCGCAACAAGCGCGCCCACGGCAACGGUUUGAGUGGUGCGGGCGGGGCCAAUGGGACGGCGGGUGGUGCUGCCGGCAGUGCGCACCACCACAACGGCAGCAGCAGCAACAUAAACAACAACCACCUGAGGCGGAGCAACAUCUACACGGCCCACCCGGCGGACAGCAUACGAGGUCUGCAGCCGCUGCCGGUGGUGCUGCCGUUGCCCAUGCCACUGCCAUUGCCACUGCCCCACCCACCUUCUGGUGGUGCCUCGCCGGCGUCGUCGUCGAUCACACCGCCUGCCCCACAGCAGCAGCAGCAGCAGUUACAGUUGCCGCAACAGCAGCAGCAGCAGCAAUCGAGCCACUACUUCCAUCCAUACCAGCAGCAGCAUCUGCACCACUCACAUACGCAUUCGCACCACCAGCAUCACCACACACACCACCAUGUGCCGCUGUAUCCGCACGACUGCGAGGAGGACGCCGCCUACGAGGAGCCGGAGUACCAUCAGCCGCAGCAGCUGCACUCGGUGAACAGCAGCAGCUCCCUGUCCUCGAUUGGCUCCGCCUCACCUCUGCCGCCGGAAGCGAGCAGUUCCGGUGGCACCAACUGGCCACCGGGAGCCACGGCCGCCACCAUGGUGAUAGCCAGCUGAGAAACGGGCCAGGACUGCGCCUGGAUUUGGCAGCAGUGAGGAAGGAUGGCCGGCGGACCCACUUGAGAUGCAGCGCACAUGGCAGGGUGCAGAUCAUAAAGGGGAUUACACGUAACAAUUUUGUGAAGUUUAUUUUUCGCCAGUUCAUCCAGCUAGGAGUCCCUAAAUGUAUCUCCAACUACGAGUGUGUGUGUGUGUGUGUCGCCAAUUGGGAAAACCGAAACGAAUUUAGUGUCACUUCCGUUUCCGUUUCGCAAACUAUCGGGGCAGACAGGCGAGAGGCGAGAGGGCUGCGGUGUGGUGUUGCCACAGGACAUGCUCUUUACAUGCCAUGCACGUUUCGUCCUUUAUUGCCGCUCGGCAUUAGAACAGGGAUUUUGUCGGAUUAAAGCAAAUAAAGGGCGUGCUUUCUGUUUGCACCCAACUGGUAACUGGUAACUGCCGAUGAUGCCACAAGUUUAAAUCGAAAUACCCCGGAAAGUUUCGGUUAUAUCGAACUCGGCCCAUAAAGGAUACAUGUGUAAUUUUAAAGGGUAAUCCUGUGGCCGAUAGAGGAGAGCCCGUAAAUUUACCACUUGUUUUUUGUUUAAAUAGACAUUUUCUGCUCAAGGCCUGUGGGUAAAUGUAUCUCAAACUGUCCCGGGCAGACAUUGAGCCACAACUUUGUGGCUUUUCACUUCAUUCCGCUCUUGUUCGGCCAUGACGAGAGCAAAUGGCUUCUGGAACUGGCAAAAACCCAAUGAGGUUAAAGCGAAAAUUGAAGAGAAAGUCCGGUGAGAAGCCAGCAAUCGCAAUAUCAUCCGCUAAAUCAUUAAUCAAAUUAUGAGCUCAAGCAUCUAAUGGCAUUUGCAUUUUUAAAUAGGCACUCGUAAUGGCAAACCCAUGACAAGCAUAUCAACAACAACAAAAUAAGCUCAGCAAAACAGCCAACAAAAGUACUUAAAACAAUCAAACAUUGCAGCAACUUACUAUAUAAAUGUAAACAAAAACUCGCGCCAUUGUAUAUUAAUUGUAAAUAUUUUUUGCAGUCCGCUCCAAUUGGCAAUUAGCAGCCGGAGCGUGCAACAGAAGUUUCUUCAACAACUAAAUAUUGCAUAAUUUCAAUUCGAUAAAAAAGCAGAAAGCAAAACAACAUAACGAAAACAAAAACAAAACAUUCCUCUUCAAAGCAAACGCAAAGUUCAAGUUUUCAUUUAACAAUUACAAUUUACGACAAAACACACAACCAAAGACUAGUCAUUUAAGUCACAACGUCGCUAUGUACAAACAAUUUAAACGAGAGAUAAAAUAUGAUUAAGCCAGUUAAUUAAUUCGAUUUAUGAAUGCCUCAUUCGAAUGCAUUCGCUUCGCAUUUAUUAGUUUUACGAGAUGAAAGAACAACUGCAAUAUUGUAUUUUAAAUAUUUAUUCAUAAAACGCACUUUUGCCCACUCCCCUUCUAUCCCAAAAUAACAAUAAUCGUAAUUAGCAUUUAUAAUUAAAACCCCGAACAUCAAGUAAAUAAUAAAUACUAAAAAAAGAAAGACGAGCGGAAAAUGCGCAAAAAAAUUACUACGAGCAACUCAAAAUGUUCCAAUGUUUAGAUUAGCCAACUAAUUACGUGGAAAUGUAAACAAAAGCAAAAACUUCAUAGUUUUCAUAACAAAUUCAUUAAAUUGUGCAGAAAUAAUUUAGGCACACAAAAUACGAAAUGAAAAUAAAAACAAAAGAAAUACACAAAAUCAUA